AUGUCAGGGAAGUUGUUCUCAUACGGAUGCUACGUGCUCGCAUUUUUUGUCGGGUUUUAUUUCUUCGCCAUUGCGUUGUUCGGGCACAGAUACGCGCAGUUCCACACCGAGGGGCGUGCGCUGGCCACGACGAUGGAGUUGUUCUUUGGCGACGUCACCACAGUCGAGGACGUCAGCGGGGGUUAUUUCUUGCUAUUCCUGGUGGGGUUCCUCAUUGCAUUCUACAUCUUCUCCGUGCACAUGUUCAGUGCCGUCAUCAACUACGCCUACAACCGCGUCAGCGAGGACAUGCAGGCAGAGUUCGACAAGGAGCGCCGCCAGGCGCAUAGCGACAGGGUCAAGAGGAAGCUCGCCAACAGACGGUCGCUGGUGACGAAGGAGCAGACGGCUUCCGCCGCCGCCGCCGAAGGCCAGAAGUCCCAGAAGAAGUCGCAGCCCGCCUUCGAGCACUUGGACGACGAGACGAGGGAGAAGGUGCAGAGCUUUCUCAACAAGACCGACCACCAGCACGCCACCUUCAAGGUCGUCUCGGUCUGCAUGUUCUUCCUGUACGCGGCCACCUACCUCUGGUUCCUCUGGGCCAACAUCGCGGUGGGCACCAGCUUCGAGCUGGCAGCCGCCGUGGAGGCGGCCAUCGAGGCGGUGGAGAUCGACGUCCCGCAGCGUGGAGGUUUCACGCAGUACGUCAGGUGGGGCGAGCUCUGGAGGAACAGCCACGCCCAGACCUGGCUGGUGAGCGCCCUCCCAGAGGUCCUGUUUGCUCAGAGGUCCGAGGGCCCCCCCUGGUGCCUGGCCCGCUGGAACUGCGUGGUCCACAUGGAGAGCGGCAGCGCCGCCCAGGAGAUGGUCCUCCUCACCGCCGUCCGCCGAGGUGCCGAGAGGAACGAGGGCUGCCUGGCCGCCCCGUGCGGCGGCGGCGGGGCGUUUGUCGGCGGGCCCGGGCUCGUGCCGAACCGGCAGGCUCCCAGGGGCGGCCUCGCGGGCAGCCCGGCGUGCCCCGCCGCCGCCGGCCACGCCCUGCCGGGCAGCGGCUUCGAGGUCGGCGGCCUGCCGUGCAGCACCUCGUGCGCCGCGGGCGGGGAGCUGGAGAUCUCGUGUUCCCUCGAUGCCAAUUUCAGCCUGUUCACGUCCACCAUUCGGCUGGCGGCUACGACGCACGAUCUGUUCACGUACAACACGAAGACCUUGAAGGCGGAGUUUGCCCUCUUCAACGCCAACCACAACGUCAUCACCCUGGUCGGGGUGACGUUCGACCUCCUGAGUAGCGGCAGCUUGCGGCAGUCCAUCGACCUGCACUCGAUGGCCUUGAUCGACUUGGAUGGGGGCGCCCGUCAGGUUGCGGCAACCCUUGCGCAGAGGGUGUUUCCGGGCGUGCUGUGCGUUUUCUUCUCUGUCUAUUUCUCGGCCAGCCUGCUCCAGGAGCUGGGUCAGUCCUUCAUCAGGAGGAGCAAGGACGAGCAGGAAGACGGAUACGAGAGCCGACUGAGUAUCACAUUGGAUUUCUUUUUAGGAGACCCGUUCAACGCUUUGGAGGUGAUAUCCAUUUUGGUAUCCCUGACGGCCGCAGCAAGCUUUGCCGCGUGGCUCUCCAAGGACAUGCACCUCAAAGGCGCUCUGGAAGGCAGCCUCGUUGACUUUCUCAACUAUCUCAGAAACAUGACGGUCUGGCAUAAAGAGUUUAUCCGACUCUCUGGAGUAAACAUGUUGUUCGUAUUCAUCCGGCCGAUAAAAUUUCUGAAAGAUGGAAGUGUGCGGAUGGCGAAGUUGUGGAAGACAUUGUUCGAUGCUAGGUAUGAUAUAUUCUGGUUUGUGGUGUUCAUGGCUGUCAUCUUGCUUGGUUUUAUAAUGUUUUCAUGGAUUUCCUUCGGAGAGCGACAUUCGGCGGUGGACUGCUCGACAUUCGGCCGGGCGAUGGUAUUUUGCGUGGACUAUUUGUUUGGCCGAUUUGAUUUCGGUCCACUCUACGAGGCUGACCCCGUCAUGGCCACGUUGUUUUUUUACCCAUACCUUGUUCUGUGCUACAUUGUCGUUUCGAACACACUGUUCGCGAUUAUCGACCGGACUUUUGCUACCGCUGAUCCUCCUGCCGUCAGCUUGAAGAGGAAGUUCAAACCAUUCUUCGGCCGACUCCUCCGCUUCAUUGAAUGGGACAACGACCACACGAUGUCCCAAGACCCGCAGUUCAAAAAAGAGGAGGGUCCUCCAACGCGGGCCAAGCGCGUGCACAUCACCUCGCAGCGGAUCGCCACAAUCAGGGAGACGGGCGACUUCAGUGCAGGCGGCCCCGCGCCCUCCUUGAAGAGAGCGAGGGGCAUUCCUGACGUGUGCGACGUCGACGAACGCAUGCAAGGGGGCAUGGUGGCGGACUGGAGCCGGGACGAAGCGAGGAAGACGGUGAAUUACUGGAGCGGGCUGGCCGCCGAGAAGUACGCCUACAGAGACGAGGCCGCGUUCAUCGACGUUGUCAUGAAGGGCAAGGAGGGCGGCCGCGAGGGCCUGGAGGCCGAGGAGGCCAGGGCCAAGGGGAAGAUGGAGGAGGCCUUCCGCCACGUGCGCUACGCCAGGGAGGUCCACGAGACCAUGGCAGAGCGCGACCAGAGGUCCCUGGCGCAGUACAUCACCGUCCUGGAGCAGAACAUCCAGGAGGAGAUGGCCCGGGAGAGCGCCCUGCGCCGCGAGGUCGCCCGCCUGCGCGAGGCCUCGGCGCAGAUCGGCGGCGCGCCGGAGGCGCCGCCGGGCCCCGCGGGCCCCGGGGCGCCGCGGCGGGGCUUGGCGGCCGCGCCGCCGCGGCCAGGCGCGGCGGCCGCGCCGCCGCAGCCGCAGCUCCUGGAGGCCCCGGAGGGCCCCGAGGACGACAGCGAGAGCGACGACAGCUGGUGA